GGCUCUAGUGGUGAUCAGCGGAUACAUUCGUUUGCGAUAAUCCACGUGUGCGCGACAUUUGAAAAAAUGAAACUCCUAAUCAUCACGAUUCUAGUGGCUAGCGUCUACGCCGACGUAUCCCAUCUGAAUCCGAAGACGGGGGAGGCCAACGCUCAGAUCCUGAAGUUAGACAACGAUGUUGGCGUCGAGGGCCAGUACUCCUGGUCGAUUGAAACUGAGAAUGGCAUCGUUGCCAACGAGCAGGGAAGUCUGAAGGCUGUUCCUGGGUCUGACGUACCCGCUGAAACAGUACAAGGACAGGCAUCCUGGAAGUCACCUGAAGGCGAAGCUAUCCAACUUACAUACAUCGCUGACGAGAACGGAUACCAACCCCAGGGAUCCCACCUGCCCACUUCACCCCCAAUCCCUCCCUCAAUCCUGAGGUCACUCGAGUACAUCGCGGCGCACCCGCCACCAGUGGAGAAAAACUGAACUGACCCAAACUUCGGAUUUGUAAAAGUGGGAUUAUUUUAGCACUUAAGUAAUUCUUUUUCCCUUAAACACGUUACACAUGUAUAAAUAGUUUAAGUUUUUUUUUUUUUAAUACAAUCGUGAUUUCAAUGAAAUCAACUGGCCAUAAUAUUUUUAUUAAAACUCGUUAAUAAAACACUAUUUUUUUUACAUA